AUGCGUACCCAAACUACUAUACUAAAAAAAGCUCGCCGUGCAGAGCAACCUCGACCAUACCCACAAGAAAAGAAACGCAUUGGAUCAAAACACAACGUCGAAAAUAUGUCUUACUUCCCCACCGUUUUUGGCCUUGCCACCAACAAACCAACCCUCGCCGUUCCCCCGGCCCCGUCCCGCAAGCUGAGCCAACGCAUGGCAACUGUCCGCAACGAGCUCGAUGACUUUCUUUCUUCCGACCUGGACGCUGAUCUCGAGCUGUCCUUCGCUUCCACCAUGUCGUUGAACUCGCCCCCUCGCAACCCGGCUGACCUCACUCCGGAGAAUGAGAAUCCAAACCAUGUUCCUAUGGAUAUCUCUCCAGCCCCUCCACGCAUCGUGGUCUCCACCUCCCAGGUCAGCGCUUUUGCGAAGCCGCUCACCGGUCGUCCGAGAGCAUUCACCAGUGGUGCUCGCCUGUUUGGCCGGGACGUGAGCAACGACACCAGUUCCGUCGCCAGUUUUCAGUCUAGCGCAAAGUCAACUGGUACCGGCGGUGCGGCCAAGCGUCUCCAGCGUUCGGCCCUGCCCCUUGAGUGGAUGGGCCAUGGGCAGCAGGAUACCGGGUUCAGUCAGCCACGGAACGUUCCACCGUCCCCCGCAACGUCCGACGCGAUGGACAUUGAUUCGUCCUUCGUACACGUUCCAUCAACGUCGGCGCCUGAUUCGGACGGUCCCCUUUCCGCGGCCCCCACUAUAACCGCCUUCAACAUUGGCAACGAUGCCCUACUGUCUUCGCCCGUCCCGGCUUCUGCGGCGCCGACCGUGACGCAGUUCACCAAUUUAUUCUAUGAUGUUCCUGCACACGACAUCUCUAGCGAUAUGCCGGAAGGCUUCGAACACAUGCCGCACGAGAGCGAGAUCUCGCAGUCCAUUGACAGCCCCUACCAGCCCUUCCCAAAGAAACGGCGUUCUUCCCCUGCCCCGCACCCGGUCCGUCGUGCGGUAUUGGAGCAGGAGGCGUCGCUGGACUCUUCACCUGCUCCCUUGUCGCCUGUUGUGCUCAAAAUGGAGCGCAUCGCGAACAGCCAGAUGCUCAAGAAGCCCAUGCUGAGUGGCCUCGGAGCACCGCUCGAGCUCAAUGCUAACAAGAAGCGGCCUAGGCGUCCCGCCUUGAGCGCAAUGGUUGCACCUGGGGAGGGUCCCAUCUCACAGCCUCGCUCGGCAUACCCGUCGACGAGUGCCGCGGCUCAAGGCGACAAGGAAAACCGUGGACUGCAGGUGCCCGUCAAUGUGCAGCACGUCAUGCCGCCUGUGCGGCGCGCGUUCUCGGCGAUGCUCCCGCCGUCCUUGAUGGAGCAGUCAAUGUCCUCCGAGGAGGGCGCGUCAUUCGGCAACGAGAGUGCGGAGAUGAGCUCACCUGCGCAGGCGUAUGCGAGGCGCCAGCAGGUGAAGACCAUCCGGCGCUGCGAUGGGACGGAUGACUUCCGUCCUAUUACGGGUGCGACCGCGCUCGUGCGCCGCGAUACAGAGGUGAUGAUGAGGUCUCUGAGACGUAGCGAAUCUAGAGAGGACAGAGUGAGCGAAAACAUCGAGAGGGACACCCCUCGUAGCAAGUAUUUGAGUGCCUCUUCCGGUCUUAAAGGGUUCGGCGACAAUGAAGCCCAUGGCAAGAUAUUGCCCUGCCACCGCGUGAGGGAGGAUGGGUUGAUGCGUAUCACGACUAAUACGCUUGAUGAUCUGCUUGAUGGGAGAUAUAAUUCGCACAUUGAAUCUUUCCAUGUUAUCGACUGCCGAUUUGACUACGAGUAUUACGGUGGGCACGUUCCCGGUGCCAUCAAUAUCAACACUACGACGGGCGUCGAAGACUUCUUGCUUGGAAGCGACGUCUACAAGCCUACGCCUUCUAUCAGCGGCGACUCGAGCCGCAAGACCAUCUUGGUAUUCCACUGUGAGUUCAGUGCUAAGAGAGCCCCUACUUUUGCUAAGCAUCUUCGUUCAAAGGACCGCUCUGUGAACAACCACGUCUAUCCCAGAAUCCAUUACCCAGAGGUGUACAUUCUGGAGGGUGGGUACAACCAGUACUAUCAAGACUCUGCUGACCGCUGCGAGCCGCGAGGAUAUGUGCAGAUGGAUGAUCCUCAUUAUGCUGCCUCACGCAAGGAAGACCUGGACCAGUUCCGGAAGGGCAAGUUUGGUAGGACCAAGUCGUAUGCUUAUGGCGAUGGCAAGCUGGUAUCCGCGCUGUCGCAGCAGUCGAAGAGGAACACGGCGCCCAGUAGCGGCGGUACGAGUGCCCUGUUUGCUGCUGCAAACGCGGCGCGUACUCGUCGCGGAGGCUUGGGGAAUACCGGCCUGCAAGCGCUGGCCGAAGACGGGAGCGCUAGUCACCACAGUGAGGACGAGGACACCGAUAUUGGCGACAGUCCUUGCCCGCCGCCUUCUAAGACGACGACCUACCGCGGCAUGAAGAUUGGCCGUCUGUCGAGGGCCGAAACUUACGACGCCACUCGUCUUGCUACUGGCUAUUGA